GGCGGCGGCGGCUCCAGGUGGCUGCUUCUCCAUUUCUGACGCUCAUCUUCCCCAUGGAUCUGCAACGGUAACCAUGGUGACGCGGGUGGAGGUCGGCUCCAUAAGUUCUCUGACGGGAGUGCCGGGCCUGGCUGAGCUCUCCAAGGAGGAGACCCUGACUCGGACCUACUUCCGCCAGGCCAGCGACCCCUCCGGGGCCCCCUCAACGCUGCUCUUGGAAGGAAAAAGCCCUCUCAGGAGCCCGGUCCGCCUGCUCCCUCUGCCGAGGCUCGCCCCCAAGCCCUUCUGCAAGGAGAAGGCCUUGGACGUGACAUCCUCGCGGCCCAGCCCGGCCCGACCAUCUCCUACCGGGGGGCUCUCCCAGGACGUGGCUGCAGAGGGUCUGGAGGAGAAGAUGCCCGGCUUGGUGGGGCAGGAGGCGGGGGGCGGGGACGGCCUGAGAAGCUCUUCCCUGUUCCACAAGGCCGCGGAUCUGCAGCCCAGCCCCAACACUGUGAUCCUCUUUGAAACCACCAGAGCUGGCCCCACCCUGGGGAAGGGGGUCAGCCAGGGCGGUCAGGAGGCCAAGGCAGGUGGGCCCCAGGGGCUGCCCUCCGCUUCUCGGCCUGAGGUGGCCACCAAGCCUGCCCUGCCCACCCGAAAGCCUGCGGGGACCCUUCCCCGCCCAGCCUCCCUGUCUCAGGACACAAGGCCGGCGGCCACCCAAGAGGAGGCAAACCUAAAGGAGCCUCUGUCAAAGGCCAGCAGUGUGGAGGACACGAGCAGCCCGGCUCUGGAGCCCAGGCCGCGCCUGAAGAGAAGGCCCGUGUCGGCCAUUUUCAUCGAGUCCAUUCAGCCUCAGAAGCCAGGCCCAGGGGGGGCGGCCGCAGCUGGGAAGGUGCCCCCAACCCCUCCUGAGAAGACGUGGGUGAGGAAGCCUAGGCCUCUGUCCAUGGACCUCACAGCCCGGUUCGAGAGCAGAGAGGCCUUGCCGAGGAAGGUGGUGGAUGAGGCCACCGCAGGGUCCCCCGCCCAGCGGCGGGGGCCCCAAAGGCCCGACUUGGACCCCAAAGUGGACGGGGAGUGUUUGGCCAAAGCAGAGGCCCCCCUUCACGACCUGGAUUCUGACUUCCUGCAGGUGGCCAAGAAGCUCCAGGAACGGAAGGAGAAGACACCCUACAAGCAGGUGGAGUUGGGGAGCCUCCACACUGCCGGAGGCUCGCCCACAGUCACCCCCACAGAUGAUCUGAAUCUCAGGGACGAGAAAUCCAGGCUGGACAGGGAGUCAGAGAAGGCGCCCAAGGCCCCUGAGCCCCCUUCGCCCAGGCCUGGGAAAGGCCGAGAAGUCGCUGAGGUCAAGAGCAGAGGGGCUGCGGGGGAAACCCGAGCAGGGGGAGAGCAGAUCCCCAGGGGCAGCGUGAAGAAGCGUGUCAGCCUCUUUGGGGAGGAGGGCAUCUCCGCAGCGGGGUCUGAACCCCCACCAGCCACCCCUGAGUCCCCACCGGCUGCUCCUGAGCCAGAGAAAGCAGGUGUGAGUGUCCAGGAGCGGAUCAAAGGCUGGGCCGCCGAGAACGUGGAAGCAAAGCCAGAGAUGAGGAGGAAGGUGGUCCCGGCACGGCCACUGUCCGCGGAUUUGACCAAACUGUUUUCAAGUGCAGCUUCAAGCCACGAAAUCAGAUAUGAGAAGUGUUCUGAGCUGAGUGGUGAGCUUCCCAAAGAACCAAGAGGAAAGCCAAAGGAAGGGUGUGGUGUGGAGGGAGCCUCUGUCCCAAGAAGCCCCUGGAAGCCUGGGACGCCCCUGGAGAAAUCGCGGCAGGCAGAGCGGAGGGACAGUUCUGAUCGAGCCACCCGCAGCAGUGGGGGUGAAAGUGCUGCAGGAGCUCCAAGCCCUGUCCCCAGCACUCCAGAAAACAAUGGAAGCUUCCAGACCGUGUGGGCCACAAUGUUUGAGCAUCACGUGGAGAAACACACUGUGGCUGACCAGUCAGGACGCUGUCCCUGGACCACGGCCCCCAGGGACCUGGCUGACGUCUUGGAGCUCAGAUCCAGGUUCCUGGAAUCCAAAAGCUCUUUCCCUCAAACGAUGUACCAGAAGAAAGAGUGGUUGGCAGAUCCCAACCCAGAGAAAUCUGGGCAGACCGCCUCCUCCAGUGCUGAGCCCAGAGAGCAUCUCACAUCCUCCCUCCCAGCAAGAACCUCCUUGGGCGAAAAGUGCAGCAAUCACCCUUUCCUCAAGCUCUCAGACAACCCUCCCAUGUCCGAGAGGGUUGAGCCCAGGUAUGACAUCAUGCAUGCUGUCGGGGAGCGCGCACACAGCGAGGCCAUCCCCUUGGCACCCGAGAAGGCAGUGACGCUCCGGAGUGGCCGGGCCCGGCUCUCGCUGCCCCAUGAGAUCACCCCUGCCUCGACCCCUGCUGACCCCGAGGACAGGCUGGAAGGCCAGGUGGGAUCCGUCCACAGGGCCAGUUUGAUUUGGGAAGCUCGAGGGAUGCAUGAGGUCAGUGGGACAAAGCCUGAGUUCCCCCGAGAGCCAAAGGACACAUUCGGAGGCAAUUGCCUGUCCCCGAGAUGGACAGGGGGGGUGGCUGUGAGUUGGCAGAAAGCCACCGCAGUUUUCAGCGAAGAGAGAGGCUUGGGACAGGGCCCUGAGGCCACCUCUGCCAGGACUGUCCAGGCUGCCGCCCAGGAGUCUCAACACCAAGGGACUGAAGGGGCCGGAAUCAAGCUGGGAGAGAGGGGGUCCCCCUGGCGGGGCCCUCUGGAGCCCCCCUCCAGGGCUAAGUGCGAGGCCUCUGACUUCCAAGCUCGGCCACCUGCAGAUGUACUGGUGCAGAAGGGGGCCCUUGCGGUGUCUGUUGCCCAGGGAGAAACAAGGCUGGCCAGGGCACCAGAGCCUGAAGUCAGGAUGCGGAAAGCAAGUCCUGGCGAACAGAGGCUGGAGAGGUGGAGACGGCGGACUUUACCCCACGACGUGAAGUUUGAUGAAUUCAGCCUGCUGGCCCCAGAGCACACUUUGAAGGCUGAGCAGAGACGGAUGGAUUAUUUGAGCCCCACCGUAGGUGCCUUAGGAAAACCCCAGCUGUCCCACGGCCGGGAGGAGACCCAGCAGGCGAGCCCAGGUGUAUCACGGGACCGGGCUGUUCCGGCAGCAAAGCAAGGGUCAUCUGUGGAACCCAAGGCAACCUUUUUUGCAGUGACGUAUCAGAUUCCUGACAUGCAGAAAGCAAAGAGCAUUGUUAAGCCCGGGCCUGAAAACUUGACAGAACAUUCUAGAAAAAUAGCCCCACCUCUAUCUCCUCAUCCUUUAACACCUACCUUGGUUUCUCUUCCCCGUGAAGAGCCGCCAGAGACCGUGGGCAGUAAAAACCGGGCUCAGAGCAGAGAGCACGAGGGCGCAAGCUUCCCAAAGACUUUGCGGCCGACAGACCAUCCAGCGGCAUUUCUUGCGGACAGGAUUCUGGGUCCUCCCGGUGAAAGAGUGACCGAUGCUGACGCUUUAUGGAUCCGUCGGGGACAGGAAGAUGGCAUUGGUGUUCAGAGCGAUUGGAGAGAUAGUGGAAACAAGACGUCUUCCAGCACUGCUCCUCAGACGUCCCCGGCUUUCAAAAGUCACCUGAAAGCCGGUGAUCUCCUGGUCAGAAGGAGGACAGAGGUGGUUAGUGAGACGUUCCCAGGUAAAAGCAAGGAUGGCUACAGGUCCAGCGUCCUCGACCUUGACGCCCUGAUGGCUGAGUAUCAGAGGCAGCCAGCUGGAGGCCCCAGGGAGGCUCAGGAGCAGAUAGGGGGUCCGCCUGCUGAGCCCAGCGGCUCGAAUCCCGAGUGGCCCAGCCAGCAAGGCGCAAUGGAUUGGAGACGGAAGAGCCUGAAGGAGGGCCCCGAAGCUGAGGGUCCCUGGAAACAAGCCAGUUUUGUUGAAACGAACUCCAGUUCCACUCCUGGUUCAGGCAAGCAGCUGGCAGAGACCCUGGGGGCAGCCACGAACACCAGGAUCAGCCCCCCUCUGUGGGCUCUGCCCCACUUGGCUGCUCCUGAGAAAUACCCAGGGGUCUCUUCUGGUCCCUCAGGUCCCAGAAAAAAAGGCUCAGGAAUAGCUGAGGAUGACAAAAAGUCUUCUGCUAGUAAACAUCACAGUGUCAAGUGCCAGCAUCACGUGGCCGAGUCAAAGCCCACCACGGCCUGGGAGGAUCUGGGCGGCGGGGCCAGCGUGCCACCCAAGUCCUCCCCCGCUGACCAGAAGAGAGCGACCCAAGGGAAAUCUUUCGGGAGGGGAGAGGAGGGCAGUGUGGCCCAGUGGGGUGGCCCCCUUCAGGACCGUGGAAGGUCACCGCUGGAUAUCAAGAGGGCCUCCUCAGAGAAAGGCCCCCCGGUCAGAAUCCAAGAGGGCCUGUCCAUCAUGCAGGAAGCCAGAGAGAGGAGGCGAGAGCCACCCAAAGGGAGGCCCAGCCUCCCCAGGGAGAGCCCGGAGGCCAAAGACAUCAAGAAGGGGCCUCAUCGGCAGGAGUCAGGGAAUCGAGAGAGUCAUAAGGUGCUGCUGCGGGAUGUCGGGAGGGAGGGUGCCCUCCAGGACAGUGAGCCGCCGCUCCAGCAGGGGACCCCCACCACCGCGGGCCCCAGGAGAAGCCGCAGCUUCUGCAAGGACAAGAGGAGCGGGCCUUUCGUGGAUCAGCUGAAGCAGUGUUUCUCCAGGCGGACCCCCGAGGCCAAGGACACUGACACCCUCGUGCAGGAAGCCGACAGCCAGUAUGGGACGUGGCCAGACCAGCGCCAAAGCGGGGAGAGCUUAGCCCCUGAGUCCCCAUCGCCUGAUAGCAGUGCCACAUCGACUCGGAAGCAGGCCCCCAGCAGCCGCUUAUCCUCACUGUCCUCCCAAACGGAGGCCACCUCGGUCGGGGAUCAGCAUGACUGUUCCAGGGACCAGCGGAGCACCAGUGUGGACCGAUCCAGCACCGACCUGGAAUCCACUGACGGGACAGAAGGGCCACUCCCACCAGACACCAGCCCCUCAAAAAGGGUGGAUGACUUCUCCUUUAUCGAUCAAACCUCAGUCCUCGACUCAAGUGCCCUCAAGACCCGCGUGCAGCUCAGCAAGAGAAGCCGCCGCCGGGCGCCCCUCUCCCAUCCCCGCCGGCGAAGCCGAGUCAGCGAGUCAGAGAGCAGGUCCCCCCUGGAGGAGGAGGCCGACAGCGCGUGGAUGUUCAGGGACUCCACAGAGGAGAAAUCCCCCAGGAAGGAAGAGUCAGAUGAGGAGGAGAAGCCAUCCAGGGCUGAGAGGACGCCCAUCAGCCGACCCCAGAGGAUGCCUGUGUUUCCAGGCAUGGACCCCGCAGCACUGAAGGCCCAGCUGCACAAGAGGCCAGAGGCGGACGGACCCGGUGAGACCCCCGGCUGGGCCCCCCAGCCCAAGACCUCCAAGUCCCCCUUCCAGCCUGGGGUGCUGGGCAGCCGCGUGCUGCCGUCCAGUGUGGAGAAGGAUGAGAGAUUGGAGGAGCCUUCUCCCCAGUGGCUAAAGGAGCUGAAAUCCAAGAAGAGGCAAAGCCUGUGCGAGAAUCAAGCUUGAGCAGACAGGGGACACUGCCACAUCUAAUGAACAAGCCUUAACUGUCAGAACCCGAAGCCGAGGCCAUGCCGCUGCGUCCCUUCCUGCACAUGCCUGGGCCCUUCUGGUCGGUGGCAGGGAGAACACUGCCCAGCGCCUACCCCUCAGCAGGCUCUCCUGAAUGGAUGGGGCAGGAAGGCUUAUCCUCCACAGGCACUGUCACCGCCUCCCAGACAGCACCUCCGGCUGGGAAAGAAUCCAGGCGGCCCAGAAACAUCCACGCUGGCAGGGGUUUGGUUUUGGUUUUACGCAAAAAUGUGCUUUUCUCCCCAUUUUUGACCCCUGCAGUAGCACCAUGAAUGGGGAUGUAAGGCUGGCCCAUCUCUCCGGGGUCCUGAGUCUGAAAACAUCCCUUUUCCUCCAACCCCAGGUCUGGUCUUUUUCAAAAGGACGUUUUCAAGGAAGAUGAAACCAUGCAUUUCCUGCUGUAACUGUGGUCCAAAGCAGCAUCGCUGGGUUGGGGGUUUUGAUUCCUCCUUUGUGGGGGUACUUCUCCCUCUUGAAGAAUCAGAAGUUCCGAUCUUUAAACACCCACCCUCAUUCUUUCAAGAGUAUUUAUCCUCCCCAUGGGGCUGGUGCAGAGCUGGCCUGUUCCAUUGUACGUCGUCGUGUUUGCUUUCGAAGGUGAUAAAGCAAUAAUGCAGCCAACUUUCUUUGAAAUUUGAUACGUAUAUACGUUUUGACAUGAAAGAACAAGGGGAGAGGUGUGUGAACAGUUUGCUUGAAAGUAUCUGAUCAUCUCAGGUUAUCUUAUCCCUGCCCAAGCUUUUAAAAAAAAAAAACUCCUUGUCACCCUUGUGUACAUUUUCCUGGUUCCUUUUCAUCUGAGCUCUGAUUUCUGUGGGGUGACUUUUGUCCCUUGACCUCAAGGGUUCAAAAACAGCAGCCCGAAUGGCAGUGCCUUUCCCUCUCAAGCAUCAAACCUGCCCCCUGAGAGCCUCUUUCUCCAAAGUCCUUUUCUGAGCAUGACCUGAGCUGCUGGCUUGAAAGAACCGUUCCCAGUUGGCCUCAGGAUAGAUGAUGAAUAAGGGGUUUCUUCUCACCUCUUCUUUCUACCCGCCCUACCCCCCAUUCUACCUGACCAGGUGCUUUUUCUAGGUCCAAAUGCAGGAAGGGAGGGUCUUGCUAAAAGCCCUUCUAUGGAGGGGAGCCCUUUGCCCACUCCGGGGCCUAUGAACAGAUGUGCCAGAUGCUAGGUGAUCAAGUCCAGGCUUUUACCUUGCCUCUUUUUUCCUGCCAAUUCUCAGCUCAUUCCCAGGAAUCUCGAAGACCUCCAGGGUCUCCAGUCACCAUCUACUCUGUUCUUUUUGUAGGAAAUCCUCCACACCUGCUUCCACCUCUUAAGCCCAAGGCUCCAGCAAAUGUCUCAGAAAUGGCUGGCCCACCUGUCAUGUCUGGAGUUGCCAUAAACCUUGUGCCAACCUUGCCUGGAAGAUGCCCAUCUGUGAGAGAGAUGCCCAGGCCGUUCCCAGGGCAGCCCACGAUUGCCAAGGGCUGUAGGGGCUCAGUUUCCUAGUGGAUCUGUGCCCAGCACUUUCCUGGAGGUGGAAAUUUCUCUUGAUAAAUCUGUUCUUUGCAAAUGGUGUCAAAACAUGCCUCCCUGCUCCCUGGCCCCCCUCCCACGGUCUUCAUUUGUCUCCCCAACUCUUCUCCCUCCCUGACCUCCCUUCACCCCCUCCCUGUCUUGGGGGUGGCAGGAUGGAGACGCAUCCUGUCUCUCCAGGUUAAGACCAAUGCCUGGGCCCUGGAGAAGGGGCUGUGGUUCAGCACCACGGACAGUGAUGGAGCCCCAAGUUGGGCGCCCACUCCCAGAGUCCCAUUGACUGAGCUUUGGCUGCUUGAUGGGCAGUUGUUGGAACCUGUCAACUGCUCAACCUUUGUGCAUCUGGAAACCUCAUGCAUCUGUGUCUGGAGACUUGGUCUUGCUUGAUCAUAGUCUGUAUUCUCUUCAUUCUCUGAGUUAGUGGUCAAUCUGUUCUCUCUGGCCUCUUGGGAACUGCUUCAGUUGAUUUUUCUUUCUCGUUUUUUAAAGAUCCAGUUCACAUUUUAUUUCGCCUUUGAUGUGGUGGCUUUCCAGGUCAAUAGGUCUCCUUAAAAGACACCCCCCAGUGUGCUUUGACCCUGAGUUCUUUUCUUGGCAGCUUUCUUUCUUUGUCUUUCUCAAGGUGGGUCGGGCCCCUUGGUACCAUCUAGGCAGCAGGAAGUAACCUGCUCUAUUGAGUCAGUGUAUGGAUACGCACCAUGCAGAACUCUCAGUUUGGAAUUGGUCAUGUUUCAGCCCAGGUACACCCACCAGGAAAGAAAAACACUUGAACAUGAGAUUGACCUGGAGGUCUUCUACCUAACCUCUCACACCCGGAUUGGAAAUAGAAAGUCCACUUAAUCCUUUGGUGAUGAGGACAUAGAAAGUCCACCCCCUUGAAACUGCGCAGAGCGGCCUCACCCUCCACACCACAGAGCGGACAAUCACUUAGUGCUGGCUCCUGUGACCUAUGGUUCCCAUGGCCCCUGGCCCUAAGAUCAGUACAAUGAAGUUAUCGGCAACUGAUGCUUGGCACCUUUGCAGACAACUGUGUGGGCUCUCGGGGGCUAAGCAAGGGGUUGUGUGCUAGUUUCUUGAGUUUGUCUGGAGCCACCUUUGGAAAUCUGUCUCCUUUUAAACGAACUUAAUAUGCCUUAAUCAUUUGUAUGCAAUGGAGUCACCUGCCCUCAUCAAGCCCUGGGCCUCUGGCUUUCUUUGGAUGAAAGUUUUAUACAGAAUGCAUCAAAAAUAAGAUGGAUAGAUGGAUAAGAUAGGUGAUUUUUUUAAAAUAGUAUAAUCUCUGUCUGUUUCCCUCCCUCCUUCCCCUGCUCCCCCCUCCCCCUCUGCACAUCAGCAUUUUGAUGGCUGGUCUUUGGACAAGUCUGCAUCUUUUCUCUCUGCAGUAGAUCUCCUUCUUCACAGUCUCUUGCCUAAUGUAACAAGCUUCAGCCUGUGAAUUUCCAUGGCAAGGCCUCAAAACUCAGUGUUGUAGAGAGUCCAGAGUCCGUCAGAGCUACCAGAGCAAUGCCAGCGAAGCAGGGGCCUCACAGAGUUUAGAAUGUUGGGGACUUUGAGUUAUGCUGACCUGACAGCCUCAGGUUGUCUAGGAUUCAGGGAAAGGACAAUGGGAUAGGGAGGGUUUGCAGGGGACAAACCUAGUCACAUGCUUUCAGACAAACGUGUUUUCCUUUGUGCAUCCUGGGAAUCGAGGCCAAUUCUUGGUAUUGAAAUAGGCGUAAGCCUGAGGUCCUCAACUUUAGAGGCUGUGCAGGGGAUUUGGAAAAACCUCAGGCAUGAUGUCCGCGAAGGCCUCAGCUGCUCCCACCUGGUGCUGGCAGCUGCCUUGUCUACUUCCGCUUUUAGGUUUUUCAACUCUAUGCCCCCAGACUGCCCCAGGAGCUGAAAAUCAGCAGGUGUGCGCUUGGAUCACCUCCAAAACAAAGUGCUAUCUUAGAGGUGACUCUAAGAAGUCACACGGAAUGAGAGGGCCCCUAAGGCAGCCUCUCCCAGCCUCCUCCUCUCUCCCCAUGGCCUCUCCCACACAGCCCUGUCCCUGAAUACAGGAAGUGAGGUAACUGUUGCUUUGUGUAAAUUAGCACUUCGGGGUAAGGUCUGUGGAGAGGGAAGGGACAUGGGAGAAAAGCUUUAUCUACUGGGAAUUGCCCCUCCCGACUUUAAGCUGCGGUGAGUGACUAUGGUGAUGGAGCAAUCUUCCAAAGCCUCUGACUGUGCCUUUCCUCCUCCAACAUGUGUUAAAACAGGAAAGAUUUAAAAAAAAAAAAUACAACAAAAAAACCCCCACAGCAUUGUGACUCUGUGGGAUGGGGUGGGGGUAGGGACAAUAUUGAUUGGCAGGAGCCACUUAAAGGGGGCAGGGCACGUGGAAGGGGGUCCGCUUGGGCUCCAUCCCCUUAGGGAGGAUGGAUCUGAACUCUGUGCUGAGAAGCUCCCAGGAGUCAUCAUGUUGGAAUUCCAAGCAAGCCAAGGAUCUGGAAAUGGAUAGCCAUGUGGAAAGCCAGAAGGCAUGAGUGUGCUGGGUCUUGGCUGAUCAUAUCUCCUUUGACCCCCAUCACCCUUCUAGAGGUUUCUUUGGUCUGAGUUGGUUCCCGCAGGGAGGGGGAGCAGAGAGCCAGGUUCUGGAAAGUCAGCCUGAGAUUUCUGGCAAGGUAACCUCUCAGCCUCUCCUCCUCAUCCUCCCAGAAUCUCCUUAGUAACCCUCAAGCCCAGCAGCCCACCAUCUCCUCCUCUGAAUCAGCCUGGCACUUUUUUGACAAUCUCCAGUGGCAUCGCACCUACUAAAAAAAAAAAAAAAAAAAAAGAUGCCAUUGUCUAAAGGAGAAUUUGAGCUUUUUAAUGAUCUCAUUCCACAUAGCCUUAUAGAUCAUGUAAAUAGGGGGGCUGGCAAAAGUCAUCUGUUGUGUUAUGGAAGAUGUUUUGUACUGUGUUAUUUCCUGAAUUAUACCGAUAUUGCUCCAAGUCACGCACUUCCCAGAUGAUUACGAUCCUCAAAACGCUUUGUAAGAUGGGGGGAGCGGACAUAUAUAUUCCUACACUCUGUAAUUUCCUCACCUUUUUCCUGGGUCCCUUCCUCAGAUAUUUGAGUCAUGCUAGAAAAGGAACUCGAGUCUUCUGUGGGCAGGAAAGUUGAAGCGUCCUGCCAGCUGGUGUCCUCGAAGUUGCCUUAUGAAUUCACGGGCUCUAGGAAUUCUGAUCGGAAGGCGGUCGACCGGCACUUUAUCCAAUCCCAGAAAGGAUCUCUAAGUCGCGUGACUGAUUAUUCAUCUAGAAAAACCUAUAUUUUUAACGUUAAAACAAAGGGGGCUCCCCGGACCUCACAGAGUAUUGGCUGUCUACAAGUGCUUUUCUAUUUUGUAACUGUAAAGAGGUUUCAUACGCACAGAAGAAGAGCAGUUGGGAAUCUGGUCGACUGCCCUAAAACAAAAUGACCUUUGCAUGUACAAAGAUGUUGCAUUCAGACUCUGAAAACAGCAAAUAAAGCUUUGACGUGAGCUGCACUGGA